CAGGUGUGGAUCUCCUUUGAUGUGCUGUGCUGCACUGCCAGCAUCUGGAAUGUCACAGCCAUCGCCCUCGACCGCUACUGGUCCAUCACCCGCCACCUGGAGUACACGCUCCGCGUCCGGCGACGCAUCUCCAACAUCAUGAUUGCCCUCACCUGGGUGCUCUCUGCCUUCAUCUCCUUGGCCCCGCUGCUCUUUGGCUGGGGAGAGACUUACUCAGAGGACAGUGAGGAAUGCCAAGUCAGCCAAGAGCCUUCCUACACCAUCUUCUCCACCUUUGGCGCCUUCUACCUGCCCCUCUGCGUGGUGCUCUUUGUGUACUGGAAGAUCUACAAGGCUGGUAAGUUUCGCAGCAAAAAUUCCAUCACCCCCAUUACACCAGAAGGCCUGGAGGUAAAAGAAGCUGCCCAGCAGCCACAGAUGGUCUUCACUGUCCGUCAUGCCACCGUUACGUUCCAGACAGACGGAGACACGUGGAGAGAGCAGAAGGAAAGGAAAGCUGCGCUCAUGGUGGGCAUCCUCAUUGGGGUCUUUGUGCUCUGCUGGAUCCCCUUCUUCAUCACGGAGCUCAUCAACCCCCUCUGCUCGUGCGACAUCCCACCCAUUUGGAAGAGUAUUUUUCUAUGGCUAGGCUAUUCAAAUUCAUUUUUUAAUCCACUCAUCUACACUGCUUUUAACAAAAACUACAACAAUGCCUUCAGGAACCUAUUCUUUAGACAGCACUGA